CGACGGCGACGUGUGGGUGGUGGCGGCUGGUCCCAAGCUCGGGGCGGGGCGCGACGCGCGAGCACCGCACCGAUGCCGAUGCUCCUCCCACCCCCUCCAGCCCUCUCCUCUGCCCUCCUCACCCAACUACUACCUCUCAUCCCCUCUCCGCCCUCCUUUGGUCCUCCCCCAUCCGCUCCGCUCGCAGCACGCUCCCCGCCCUUCCCCUUGCCCCGCGAUGUCGUCGUCGUCGCCGCCGCCGCCGCCUGACGAUGACGACGGGGCGCGGGAGGUGGGCGCCGACGCGGACGGCGGCGAUGGGAGGUCGCUGGGCUACGGCGAGGCGGAGUACUGGGACGCGCGGUACGUGGAGGAGGGCGGCGCGCCGUACGACUGGUACCAGCGCUACGACGCGCUCCGCCCCUUCGUCCGCCGCUUCGCGCCGCCGGCGUCCCGGAUCCUCAUGGUCGGCUGCGGCUCCGCGCUCAUGUCGGAGGAUAUGGUCAAUGACGGCUAUGUGGAGAUAGUGAACAUUGACAUUUCUUCAGUUGUGAUUGAGAUGAUGAGAAAGAAAUAUUUCAAUUUUCCGCAGCUGCAAUACUUGCGCAUGGAUGUUAGAGAUAUGAGUAUGUUUCCUGACGAGUCGUUUGAUUGUGCAAUUGAUAAAGGUACUCUGGACUCAUUGAUGUGUGGUGUGGAUGCUCCUCUCAGUGCAGCUCAGAUGAUUCUGGAAGUGGACAGGCUUCUUAAACCAGGAGGAGUCUUUAUUUUGAUAACAUAUGGUGAUCCAUCGGUACGAGUGCCUCAUUUGAAUCAAUCAGCAUGCGACUGGAAAAUUGUACUUUACAUUCUACCAAGACCUGGAUUCACUGAAGAGAUCAGGAGGCGUGUAUUGGAUCCUGUUCCACUGACAGAGAGGGGUAGACUCCCUGAUGGAUUUGUUCCGGAGGAUCCUGACUCCCAUUAUGUCUAUGUCUGCAAAAAGAUGCAAGGAUUAACAGGGACAGGUUCCCCAACUGUAAACCACAUAGAGAGUCAAGGUGAAGAAUAAACUGUAGGCUGAUUCACCCCCACAAGAUUUGUGGAUUGUUAUGAUUUAUAUACAAGAUCAGAUGACGCGAUGUUGCCACCAUUGUUAUGGCCAUCCAAAUGUAGGAAGCGUGCCAUUGCAUGCAUGUAUAUUUUUACUGAUCUUGUAAGCUGUACGAAUCCGGGAGUCAAAGCCAAUGUAUCGUGCAACAGCUGUCUUCUUUUGUUUUCUUUUCUGUAUCAUCUUGGAAAGCAAAACUGAAUUGUUUGGUGCACUCGAGGAAGAGAAUUUUUUUAUUGGAAGAAAGGAAUUGGCGUGGAACUGAAA